AUGGAACCGACAUCUUCCGCAGCGCGAGAGCUUGCUAGGCUUAUCAUGUCUCAAUCAAGGGAAGAAUGGCAAGCAGCUUUGGAAUGUUGUACCGAAGAUUGUCUUCUCGACACUGACGAUCUACGAAUACGAGGUAAAACUCGAAUAGCGAAAGUUUUAGCUUUCACUUGCUCGAUAUGUUCUGAUUCUGGUUUAGUAGGUGAACCAAUAUGGGAUGAACACAAUGGAACUAUCACAUAUACUUACUUUCGACAUCUCAAACUAGGACCAAAGAUCGUACAACGUACUAUCCUUCAUCUUCGGCUCAUCACCAAAGAUAAGGGACCAGAGGGAUCAUGGGAGGUGUUCAGGAUUGGUGACCCGAAACUCAACAUGGCAAUAACACGUCUUCCCAUUUUAGGUCCGAUACAGUUGUGGGUCAUGAGACCGAUCAUGUCUUGGUUCAUCUAUCUGAUUGGGAGCAUCAUCUACCGUCCUCCCGAAGCCGGGAAGACGAAGGAAACGAAACAGAAUAAUGACCCGAUGACAGACACGACAGAAGUUGAGCAUUGA